UAAAAGUAAUUCAUUAUGGAAACUGAAUUAGCUCGACUUUUUUGGAAAAAUAAAGCAAAGGAAGAAGCAAUUCAAAACCAGAGUCUAAAACUUCAGCAUGGUCGAGGAAUAUGUUCCGUAUUCCUUCUGGAUACCUCUGAAAGCAUGUCAGGGGAAGGUUUGCGACAAAUGAAGGAAGCCCUAUUAUGCAUUUUAAACGAAUACAAAGCUAUGAACAUGGAUGACAAUGUUGCUGUCAUUGGAUUUGGAGAAGAAACAAAGUUCCUACAUUAUUAUUCAAACAGUUACGACUCCAUCAUAAAAUGUCUUGAAAACAUCAAAUGUAAAGGACAAUCUCCCUUAGAAGCAGGAAUAAUAUUGUCUUUUUCGUGCAUAAAACUUGGAGGAGGCCAUACUGUAAUCUCAUCCCCUCUAAUUAUUCGAGCAAGGGUUGUUGUUAUUUCCGAUGGGCAUCCCACAGAUAUGAUCAACCCAAGAGAAACAAUGGCAACAACGACUCAAAGUGAGACUUUUCAUAGGAUUCAUUCUCUUGUUAAACGUCAAGGGAAAUGGAAUCCGUUUACAUUCAUACCGGUUGGCAAAGAUCCAAAUUAUCAACUAUUAGGAGCUUUAGCGGCUGCAGCAAAAGGAGGUCGAAUUAUUGGUUGGGAAGACGCUCGCUUAUACGCAAGACUGUCUGUCAACUUUACCGUUGCUGGGGACAUUCUAUCUCAUUUUGAAAAUAAAAAAAUUACAGAAGAUAUUGUAAGAUGGAGAUAUUCAAAUUAUGGAGAAGGGACUGAAGAAGAUAUCAAUCAAGUGUGUGAAAUAUUGAAUGAAAAAGAGGUCUAUGGAGAUAUUGAUGAAGACGAAGCCGAUGAAAACUUCAUAGAACGAUAUUCCACAAUGCCUUGUGUGGGUACAAGGGUUCGAAGAGGAAGAGAUUGGCGUUAUGAAAACCAGGACAGUAAAGGAGUUGGAACUGUUAUCGGACAUACCGAUCGAGUUGGCUGGAUCUUGGUAGAGUGGGAUAAUAGCAAUCAAUUUGAUUACCGAUAUGGAUCCAAUGGUAUAUGGGCAAAGUAUGAUCUAGUGAUUUGUGAUGAACCACGACAGAUCCCACAAAAUGAAACAAUGAUAGCUACUGGAUGUCUUGUUCGCAGAGGCUUAGAUUGGCAGUGGGGAGAUCACAAUGGUGACGAUGAGAGCAUUGGAACUGUUUAUCGAGUAAAACGCAGAGGGGAAGUAUAUGUGCGAUGGCCCAAUGGAAUCAAAAGCAAUUACAGAUUUGGACACGCAAAUAAAUAUGAUUUGUUCUUAUGCGAUCCACGGGAUCCGGAAGUAAUGUUAAAAUAUAGGACGCAAAUGUGCAAGAACGGAAAAAGUGCAAAGUUAGAGUAAAGACCGUGCACGUGAAAAGUUGCAAGUUUUAAACGUUUACAAGAAAUAAAUCUGAAAAUAUCGAUCAUGCUUAGCGUAAUUAUUAUAUUUUUAAGAUAAAGUAUUGUAUGAGGAGGACUCAUUAAAAUAUUUUAUACUGACGAUUUAUUUAAAUUGAUAGUGGGGUGAGGGGGUAACUCGUGUUUUUAUGUUUUUGUGCAUUGUUUGUAUAUAAGGAAUAAGGAAUCAUUCUUUGAGUAUUAUGAGGUGAUAAUUUUGG